AUGGUGACUAUUUCAAACCACUCUCUUGUUAAUCAAUUCAUCAUCAUAGGAUUUCCUGAUUUCUAUGGUGCUCAAGGCAUAUUGUUUGGCCUUCUCAGUAUCAUCUACAUCUUCACACUUAGUGGUAAUGUUACAAUAAUCACUCUGAUAUGCACUCAUCAUCAACUCCAUGUUCCCCUCUACCUUUUUGUAGCUAUACUUUCCUUCCUGGAGAUAUGGUACACAGCCGUUACUAUUCCCAAAAUGCUGACAAAUUUGCUGAAUGAGAAGUUAAUCUCAUAUAUUGGCUGUAUGCUGCAAAUCUAUUUUUUUCAUUGUUUAGGUGCUGCAGAAACCUUUCUUCUAACAGCAAUGGCCUUUGACCGCUACAUGGCCAUAUGCAAUCCACUAAGGUACCCAUCCAUAAUGACUAUUCCAUGUUGUUUUCAGAUGGCAGCUUGUUGCUGGGUCAUAGGAUUCUUUGGACCUUUAACCCAAAUCAUUUUGCUGUCUCGUCUUUCCUUCUGCGGGCCAAAUAAAGUUGAACAUAUAUUCUGUGACUUCAUUCCACUGAUGAAAUUGGCAUGUUCUGACAGUUCACUCAAUGUCACAGUCAAUUUUACUAUUAACUCAUUCCUUCUGUUCCUUGCCUUCACCUGCAUUAUCCUGUCCUACAUCAAAAUUAUUUCUGCAGUGUUAAAAAUAAAGACAACAGAGGGCAGGAAAAAAGCUUUUUCCACUUGUGUAGCUCAUCUGACUGUGGUCUUCCUUUUUUUUGUCAGUGUGAGUUUUAUGUACGUUAGACUGACCAAACAGAGCUCCAUCAACUAUGAUCGUAUGAUGGCUGUAAUUUACUCUGUCCUAACACCAAUGUGUAAUCCAAUUAUUUACAGCCUACGGAAUCGAGAAAUAAGAGAAAUACUUAGAAAAAAAAUGAAUGCAUUAUUUUAG